AUGCGCUACGCCGUUCUAGUCACCGGUCCUGCUGGUGCAGGCAAGUCUACUUUCUCGACUGCUUUUGCGACCCAUCUCCGUGUCUCAAAACGCACGGCCCAUAUCGUAAAUCUUGAUCCCGCUGCAACUGGCGAUGCCUUCGAGUAUCAACCUGCCAUUGACAUCCGAGAGCUUGUGACGCUAGACGACGUCAUGGGCGAGAUGAACAUGGGUCCUAACGGCGGUCUUGUGUUUUGCUUUGAGUACUUGUUGGAAAAUAUGGAUUGGCUUGAGGAAGAACUCGGGGGUUUUGAUGAUGACUACCUGAUAAUCGAUUGUCCAGGUCAAAUCGAGCUGUACACACAUCAUCCGUUCCUCCCGCAACUUGUGCGGAACUUGCAGCGAAUGGGCAUACGAACUUGUGCUGUGUAUCUCUUGGAAUCCCAGUUCAUGGAAGAUCGAUAUAAAUUCUUCAGGUUCGUCUCAUCCAGCGGUGUACUGUCCGCAAUGUCCGCUAUGGUCAAUCUUGAAGUGCCCUGGAUAAACAUCAUGUCUAAAAUGGAUCUUGUCUCCGGAUCAUCAUCAGACACGUUUGAACCAAGAAAUGGGAAACGUGGAAAACGCGACAUCGCUCGGUAUCUCGAUCCAGAUCCAAUGCUCCUGGUUGCUGCGAGGGAUGGCAGGGAUCAGCAACGCGACAACGGCAGAUUUCACGACCUAAACCGGGCCAUCGUACAGCUAAUCGAGGACCAUCCUUUAGUGUCGUUCUUGCCGCUGGAUCUAACGUCCACGGACUCCCUCGAGACAGUCGUCAGUCAUAUUGAUUUUACUAUGCAAUAUGGUGAAGACGAGGAGCCGAAAGAGCCACAUGAUCUAGACGAAGGCGACUUUGCUGAUAUGGAAUAGCAGUGUAUAAUGUCAUCCAAAAUAUUGCAUCCUGUGUUUACACGCGACAUUUUUGAGACAACUGCGCUCCGAAUUUCUGGAACGAUCUCGCAUGGUAAUCAAAACUGCCAAAUUUCCACACUAGGAGUUCGACUGGGUAAGUUGGAGAAAAGUAAUUUUCUUAGUGCCAAAGCUUACAGUGAUAUCACGCUUUAUUAUCGGCCACGGCUUUGACCGACAACGGCAUCGUACUGAUUGGACUAUCUAAGUACCAGUCGAAGGAAACUUUUUUGAUCACUAGCCUUUUUCGAUAGCGUCAAUCAGUACUAUCUUUAUCUCUGGUGGGAUUUUUGGCACGUGCUAAACGGUGACAUCGAAACUCAUUUCCUUGUGAACUGACUUUCACCUUUUGGCAUACAUCACCUCUAAGGUUUUGUGUACUUGGAGAGGCGUGGAAUUUCGAUCGUC